AAGAACAAGCCGACGCAGGUCGACACGUCGUGUCCCCGGGGUCGCGGGUCGACCCGCCGACCGGUGGCGGCGCCGCGCCGCGCCGGUCGCCGCAGAGGCGGCGCCUCCCGUCAGUCGGGCCGGACCCGUGAGAAGGAGAGGAGGUGUCCGUGAGCAGCCGGGAGCCCGGUCACUAUCUGCGCUGUGAACUCCGGGAGACGCAGGCCGUACCGCUGCGAUAGCCAAGAUGGCCGGCGGGCGCCGCUCGCCGCUGCUGGUGGCCGCCGCGCUGCUGCUCGUCCUGACCCCCACGGCCGAACCGUACGGCUACGGGCGGCUGGCUGAGCUAGCGCGGCGCCGCUUCUCCGGCGGACUGGUGUCCGGACAGCGUCUGUCCGGUCUGGGCAGACACGUGGCUGCCGUGGCCGACAGUCUGCGGGCCGGCGCAGACAGGAGCGACAGUGACGGCGACGACCUCCGCUCGAAGCUGGAUAAGGAGCUGGAGCCGGCGCUGGACCCGCCACCCCGCCGCAGGCUGGAGCUCAAACGCUUCCUGCGCCGCCAGCACCACCACCAUAAAAAGAUGAUGGCCAAAAAUAAACGGCUCAGCAACAAGAACGAAAUAUGUCUGUUCAAGGCCCUGCGGCGGUGCGGCAACCACCUCAUAACAGAGUUGUCCUCGGACAUGACGUUUGACCAUCGCUGUUCCUCCAAGGAGGAUUUUCUCGACUGUAUGUCGCGCAUGCAGCACGGCCGGUGUCACGUGAAGCACGCCCGCCACGGUCCGUCGCGGGCGCUGGUGCAGCAGUACCAACAGCGGCUCAGGCGCCUCCUGAAGGCCACCCGAGGCUGCGUCAUCGGCAUCGACCUCUCCACAGAGACCGACUGAGACGGGCAGAAGCAGAGCAAACGGCGGAGCGACCGGUGACGGAACCAGGCACCGAGAGGUGACUGAAUCAGGCACCGAGACGCGACUGAAUCAGGCACCGAGACGCGACUGAAUCAGGCACCGAGAGGUGACUGAAUCAGGCACGGCAGUGCUGAAUCAGGCUACUGAUCAACGGUCAGCGGUAGCACACGCAGUCCGGUGUCGGUAAAUGUUGGCGUGUCUACAGAAUGGUAAGAUCCAGUGUGCUAACCAGGGCACUGCUGUUCGACCUUUGGUACGAGCAUGUGUACCGUAGUCCGGACUUUGGUACGUACCGCUGUCUGUUUUUGGCACGGACCUGUGUACACCCGUCCGACCUUUGGCUCAGACCUGUGUACCAAAGGUCGAACACGGACUGAUAUAUCGCUGUCCGACAUUUGGUACACACUGGCGUACCGCUGCCCGAUCAUUGGUACGAAGUGGAGUACCGCUGCCCGAUCAUUGGUACACACUGGUGUACCGCUGUCCGAUCAUUGGAUACAUACUGGUGUACCGCUGUCCGGAAGUCCUCACUCCAGAGGCAGGUGGACGAAAGAUCUCAGUAGAUUAAGGGCCGACUGAAGAACGGUUGUGAUCAGCUGUAUUCUCCUGAAAUGCGAUACCCGGUUUUUGUGAAAGUACUGUUUGUUUGCGCCGCGGACAGAAAAACCGGCGGCGGACAGGACUUGUCCGGCAUCUGAUGUCACCGACGUCGUACCGUUACCUGUGGGACUGUCCAUGUGUCUCUGGCAUGUGGGGUGUAUUUUUGUGUGGAGGGUAUUUUGCUGCGUCCCGUGUUGCCGGCUCGACACUGGCAGAUCUCAGGUGAAUGAUUAUAUAGGGUGGUUGCAGCUUCCUAUCGCCGCGUCUGGCCCGUCUGAAUAUUAUCUCACCCCUGCGGAGGAAGGGGAUCACGAUGUAGCGGAGUGCUCCCUCCUCCCUUCUUCCGCGAACGGCUCUGGGCCGCACCCUCCCUCCCCGGCACCGCCCAGUCCCGGGGUGUUGCAAUGUUCGCUCCCCUCCCGAGCUCCAGUAAUCGCAGGCUGAUACAACGCGCCCGGUGAAAUCGGAGGGGAGCUCUCGACCGGCACAUUAUUCGCCCUCCGCCAGUCUGCUGCAAACGCGCCGUCUGCGCCCGCCCGCCCGCUUCUGGCGACGGCAGACCUCCGCUGAGUGAACUCACACCUUUGUAUGGUGACCUCACACCUCCGCCCGGAGUGACGCCAGACCACCAGGCUCUGAGUGACGUCACACCUCCCGGUGGAGUGACGUCAGACCACCAGGCUCUGAGUGACGUCAGACCUCACAGCGGAGUGACGCGCUCCGGACGUAGGCGUAUGUCCGGUAGCACGCCCUGUGCGGGCGGCGCGCGCCCGUAUCUCCCGGCGCCGCCCCCGGCCGGCGACUGACCACUCGGUCCGUCUCCUCUCUCUGUCUCCGCCGGCGGCACUGUGCAGUGUGCAGCAUCCCGCAGCCCCCGACCGCCAUGUGAUAAUGAUCGCACAGCUCGCACCGCUCCGCGGAAAGCCCCGUUCUGCCAUGGGAGCGAGCGAGCGGCCGGAGAGCGGGCGGGGGGAGUUCGCAGGAACGCGCCGCCGCCGCCGACCUCCGUCGAUUCUUCUGAAGUGAUUAGGCCGCCGGCGGCGACAGAGCUGAGGGCAGAGGCCAGGGCCAGGAGCCGGCUGAUUCGGGGAGGGCCGGCGGCGUCGAUCUGGGCCGCCGAGGGCUGAUCUAACCGUCCAAAGGGCGGCGUGGCGCGAUGGGAGGCUGGCCGGGUCAGUCGGAGGUGAUCUCACCCGAGGCCGCGGCGCCCGGUCACCAAAUCCACGUGGGUAGCCGGGGCUCCGGGAACCAGCACCACUUCAGGAGGAGGGUGGGAGCAUCAGCAGCGGAUGACCGAGUGUCUGACCGGUAAAACCGUCCGCGGGAAGGCAAGGUAAACACUCCGGAAAUGGAGGCCGAGAAUUCAGAACUGAGCAGGGCGUGAAAUGCACUCUUUCCAAUUUGCGAGGUGGCAUGAAACUCGACCUAUCUCAUGCGAUAAGUGAGCCCAACUGUAGAACGCUGCUAGGCACCUGGUAUAAACUCAACACAUUGGAGCGGUUCGUGGGCGUACUUACAAAUCCGGCGACAUGGAGGGCCGGUGUAUGUGCUCUGUGUGAUGAAUGUUUAUUUAUUGGUGUUCGAUGUGAUUGGUGGUACAAUAAAGAUGACACAAAACA